UCUGCCAAGGAGCAGCGCAAGCUGAACGACAAGGAGCGCAAGCAGCUGGAGAAGGCGGCCGCCGCCAAGGUCGCCGCGCUGCGGGACGACGACAAUGUGUUCGAUGUGGCUUUCGAGCAGCAGGGCGAGGGGGGCGAGGGCGUGCUGUCCGCCACCGACAUCAAGGUGCACAACAUGACAAUCCGCGCCAAGGGCAAGGUCCUGUUGGAGAGUACUACGCUGACGGUGGCGGCGGGGCGGCGGUACGGCCUAGUGGGGCCGAACGGCAAGGGCAAGUCCACGCUGCUGCGCCUCAUUGCGCGGCGGCAAGUCCCCGUGCCAGACAACCUGGAUGUCCUCCUGGUGGAGCAGGAGGUGGUGGGCACGGACCAGAGCGCGCUGGCCUCGGUGGUGGCGGCGGACGUGGAGCUCAUGGCGCUGCGGGCCGAGGAGGCCGAGAUCAACAGCAAGCUGUCCGACAUGGGCCUUGAAGAGGGCGCCGGGCCGGCGGCCAACGAGGCUGAGGACGGCACAGCGGCCGACCGCCUGAACGAGAUCUACGAGCGCAUGGCCGAGAUCGGGGCCGCGUCGGCCGAGGCGCGCGCCAGCAAGAUUCUGCACGGGCUGGGGUUCACCGAAGUGAUGCAGCGCCGUGCCACCAACCUCUUCUCCGGCGGCUGGCGCAUGCGCAUCUCCCUGGCCCGCGCCCUCUACAUCCAGCCCACCGUGCUCCUGCUGGACGAGCCCACCAACCACCUGGACCUACGCGCCGUGCUCUGGCUGGAGGCCUACCUGACCAGGCACGCGCUGUGCUGUGGAUGGAAGAAGACGCUUAUCGUGGUAUCGCACGACCGCGACUUCCUCAACACGGUGACCACCGACAUCAUCCACCUGCACGACGAGCGCCUGCACUACUAUCGCGGGAACUUUGCGCAGUUCGAGGAGAUGUACGAGCAGCGGCGGCGGGAGGUGAACAAGGAGUUUGACAAGUACCAGAAGCAGAUGAAGGCCGCCAAGCGCUCUGGUUCCAAGGCCAACGCGGACAAGGUGGCCAAGGAGGCCAAGAGCAAGGCCCAGCGCACGCAGCGCGGUAAGUACGAGGACGACAGCUCCAAGGCGGCCGACGCGCCGCGGCAGUGGAACGACUACACUGUGCACUUUGAGUUCCCGGAGCCCACAGAGCUGACCCCGCCGCUGCUGCAGCUCAUUGAUGCCAGCUUCAAAUACCCUGGUCGCGAGGAUUUCGGCAUGCGGGACCUUAAUGUGGGCAUCGACAUGGGUUCCCGCAUCGCCAUUGUGGGCCCCAACGGGGCGGGAAAGACCACCCUGAUGAACCUCGUGGCAGGCGACCUCCAACCGACGCACGGAGACCAGCGGCGAAAUUUCAAGCUGCGGGUCGGGCGGUAUGCGCAGCACUUUGUGGACGCGCUUUCCUUCGAUGAGACACCCGUGGAGUACCUCCUCAACCGCUUCCCCGAGGCUGGCCUGCGGAGGGAGGACAUGCGGGCACGGCUGGGGCGAUUCGGCCUGUCGGGCCAUCACCACCUCCAGCCCAUCUGCAAGCUGUCGGGCGGGCAGAAGGCUCGCGUCGUCUUUGCAGCCAUCUCGCUAUCGGCGCCACACAUCCUCCUGCUGGACGAGCCCACCAACCAUCUUGACAUGCAGGCACGUGGAAGUGGGGGGGGGAGGAAGGGGGAUGGGGGUUAUUCCAUCGAUGCGCUGGCAGAGGCGCUGGAGGCGUUCCAGGGCGGUGUUGUAAUCAUUAGUCAUGACGCUCGGCUGCUGCAGAGCAUCUGCGACGACACAGAACGCGCUGAGGUCUGGAUUGUGGAGGAUGGCACCGUCGAGCGGUACGACGGCGACUUUGAGGAGUACAAAGAGGAGCUCAUCAAGGAGAUCGCGGCGGACAUGGACGAGGACGAGAAGGCAAAAUAG